AUUUUUAUUGCUGGAAGAAGUGUGGGACAAAUGGGAUGUGAGGGGAAUGGUUCUUUUUAGUCUCUCCUUACAAAUAAUCCUCUGUAUCCUUGGUAGGCAUAGAAAAUACAAAAUGAACGAUUUCUUCAAAACCAUUCUAUGGUUUGCCUACAUAGGUGCCGAUUGGAUUGCCAUUGUUACUUUGGGCAAACUUUCUGGUUCCCAUGUAGAAUCUACCGCCACCAACGUUUUAAGAGCAUAUUGGGCUCCUUUACUGUUGGUACAUCUUGGUGGUCCUGACACCAUCACAGCUUGUACUUUUGAAGACAACAAGCUUUGGAUUAGGCACCUCAUCAGCCUUCUUGUCAAAGUCUUUUUUGUCAUUUAUGUCAUUUGUAUGUCGUGGACCUUUUCUUGGCUCUCGUUUUUUACUCUUCCUCUCAUCUUAGCUGGAAUUAUUAAGUAUGUAGAGAAGAUAUUGUGUCUCAAGCUGAGUAACUCACAGAAAACAAAACCACUCAUUUCUAAUAUGUUUAAUCUUCAAAGUCAUUCUGACCUCAAUGAGAAUCAAACCCUUGAUCGCCUUCAAAAAGAAAACCCAACCGUUUUGUCAGCUUAUCUAUUUUUUACAAUUAUGAGACCGGAUGUUAAUGAUUACCUCUCCUCCGAAAAUCUUUCCGAUGUUGGAACGAGGAUCAAAGCUUAUCUCAGGGAAACUACAGGUAUAGAUGGUAGAAGGGCUUUCCAGUUUGCAGACAAAUAUCUUGCUCUAAGCCUGGGAAAAGACGUUUUUGAAAUAAUUUUUAUUCAACUAGGAUUCAUGUUUGAUGCUGCUUACACCAAAGCUAGUUUGAUUCACACCAAGUUAGGAUGCUUCUUGCGCCUUGCCAGUUCCACUAGCUUUUUCUCAGUUCUGCUGCUCUUCUUUAUCGACAUCAUUAAAAAGCCAAAAUUCCAUGGCUCAAGAAUUGAUAUUGCCAUAACUGGCUUCUUAUUGAGUGGAGCUAUUGCACAAGAAUUUUAUGCAACAUGGGUAAUACAUUCUUCUGAUUGGGCAGUUCUUGUCGCGGAAUUUCAUCAUAAUGUGUUGGUACGCAAAGUGUUUAAAAUCACCUCAAAGUACUUCCCUCGCUUAUUGCGUCAAAGUAGAAGGUGGUCAAAUCAAAUGGGUCAAUUUGAUCUGUUGGCAUAUUGUUGGCGUUGCAAGAAAAGGAAGGCAAACCAAUCACAUGGCUUUCUACCAAAGAUCACUAUUGGCAAUGAAAUUGCUGAAAUGUGGCACAAAUACUGCAUCAUAAUAUGGCAUCUUGCCACAAUUGUUUGCUACUUACAAGAGGAUAAUCAUGAUGGUGAAAACAUGGAAAUUAGUAAAUGUGCAUCAGACUACAUGAUGUAUCUAUUGGCCAUGUGUCCUGCUUUGCUAUUGUCCGGGUAUGGGGAGAGUUUUUGGCUUGUUCAUGCUUAUGACAACCUCAAAGGACUUUUGCCUCCUGCAAUUGAUAUAAGAAAUGCUGCUUCCAAAUUAUUUUCCAAUCCAGAUAAUGCUCAUGAAGAGGAGCUUGAAUCCAGGGAGAUAACUUUUGAAAACCUAAAAGGAGAAGUGUUGAAACUAGUCACAAUUUUAAAGCAAUUAGAUAAUAAAUGGGAGAUGCUCAGGGAUGUCUGGAUAGAGAUGCUUUUAUAUGCAGCAGUUUCAAGUCGGUACAUUAAUCACGUUAAGCUGCUAGGAGAAGGCAUUGAAUUAUUCUCACUCAUCUGGCUUUUAGCAGGCACUUCCGUUCUCAGUAGUGUCUUUCAAAUGGAGUAGUGUGACCAACAUCUGCAAGUUUGGCGGCCUUAUGUCUCAUGUUUGAAUUACAUACAUAAAGAAGUGGCAAUGCAAUUUAUGUUACUUACCUAAAUACAUUUGUAUCUAGUAUUUAUUAUGAACUUUGAUAUGUAUAAAUUAAACCCUUGAAUGGUAGUUUGAAAAUAAAUAUGGUUUUUUAAG